CUGUGUAUAUCAGUGCGGCCCGCAAAAACAUUGUAUAUAAACAUCAAAUGCUGACAAGCUUCGAUAUAGAAACUUUUCUAAUACUCUCUGUACCUAACCAAAAUACAGUCAAUCGUAGAUACUUUCUUUCCUUUUGUACGCCCACAACCAUUAGAAGAAAAUAUGGAACUGUUACGCAAGGCCGUUGGAGACAAAUGGCAGAUGGAUAGCACGGCAUCCAUGAAGAACAUGACCCGGCAAGUGGACACUGCAGAAUGGAACAAGUUUGACGAAGACUUCUGCAACAACAUGGACGGCUUCGUUCUGGUGGAGACUCCACAGGAAGACCUGGAUAAAAUUGAGCAGUUGCUGGGUGCCAAAGGCGUCUUCAAAUCGCCGCCGAUGAUUAAGACAUCGCAACAACACUGCGAAAAAUGCGGGCGAGAGAACAACUUUCUGGAUGUCGUUGCCACCGGACUGAAAGUGCACACGGCGCAGUUUUUGGUGGAUGUGUUCACCGGUAAGUAUGGACACAUUCUAAACACGCAGCAGAGCCAGCGUUGUUUGUGCUACAACUGCGGUCAUCUGCUGCCCAAGACGGCAGCCAAGUACUCCAAACCGAAGACAGACGACGGCCACUUCUACAAAUGGAGCUGGCCUUUUUAAUUAACUCUGCUGACCUAUACUCGCUAACAUUGCUUCCGUCCGCGAUAUUUUUCUAUGAUAAAUUUAAUGCCAUGCAUUACAAUUCGCCCAACCAAGAUAUUACUUUAUACAAAGUACAUAUAAAUGCUUUUUUAGUGAUUUAAAUGAUAAUGCUUUUGCCAUGUUAAACUGUCGUUGUUCAAAUAUGGCCGUUAAUGUGAUUCCAACUCGUACACUUUCAUUAUCGCUACUUUUCGCUGUACUUGAAUAGACUGAAUAAAACAUCGGUAAUCCAUAAUUCU